AUGGCGUGUGUAAGCGUCAUCGGUUUUUCACCUAGAUGGCGUGUGAACGCGUGCGAUCGGCUGGCCGAUCAGCAUUCGCCUGAAGUAGAGAUCGAUUGGACUGUGCUGUGCGUGAAAUAAAUGUCAGCCAGGGGCCAACUGAUUCUCCUCCAGAUAGUUUAUGUUUUCGUUGAAGCCGGGUUUUCAUGUUCCUCCUGGGUUUCUUGCUCUUAAAUGGGCGUUGUCACUGUUGCAGGUCCGGUUGUGGGUGAAUCGCCAGCUAGACUGCUGUGCUAGCUAUCCCUUUCACCGGGCUGUGUGUGUGCUUGCAGGACUUGGGGCCUGCGGCCGGUUCACUUACGGCCUCUGUGUAGCGAGACACAGUGUUCGAGGAAGUACCAUGUCUACGCGUAUCACCCUCCCUAAUGACAUACUAAGUUAGCUUAUCUGUGGUGGGUCUGAAUUUCAUGUCCUGAACUGUUUACGUGAAGUUUGGUUAUUUUGUGGAACAGAACCAGCAUCACUUUGGUGGAAAAUGGUCUGACCGGCCACCGUUAUUCCACUUCUCAGCACAUUCCAACCGCUUAAUGCACGGCGGAAGCCAGAAACUAAAAGCCGAUCAUGCGCAUCAGUGCAUUCGUCACUGCUGUGAAAUGCAAGUCCUCUUUGUACUAGCCUGGUAGAUGUCGGAGAAGGGAAGUAGUCCGCCCAGAGACGCCCAUCAGAUCAUUGUGAAUGGACACUACCGAACGGAGUACCGUAAACUACAGUAAUCUUAUUAAAUUUGUCCUUCCAGAAUGGCCGAAGGCGUGGCGAUCCCCAGUGUUCCACCCAACCUAAAUGAUCCGGAUGAGAGGCAGGCCUGGCGCACAGCCUCCGAGGCUGCGGAGAAAUUCAGUUCCCUUUUCUAUCGCAGUCUGGACAAACCGGGACGCCCUGACUUACCCGGUUUCUACACAGAAAAUGCCAUUCUCCUGUGGAAUGGCAACCGUGUGGAGUCCCGUUCUGAUGUUGUCGCCUACUGGACGAAACUGCCUCGCAGUCAGACCAAUCUGCACACCCUGUCCGCACAACCAAUCCAGAGUAAGUCGCUACUUAUGUACGCAAUACAUACGUUUUAAUUAAGUGCAUGAAAUAGGACCUUGAUGAUCAGCUGUUGGAGCGAUACCUAUUAGAGCUUAAUCUCGCACUAAUUCAUGCUCUGCGGAAUCCUGGCCUUUUUCUGAAAACCUUCCCAACCCACGGGCAGAUUUGUUGACUUCGGUAAAGCCUCCGAGUUUGUGCAUGCUGACUGACUGCCUAUUACUGCUGUACACCACAACCUUCAGUUCUUGCCCGAAUAAACCUCUCAUAAACGUUAAAUUUUCUGUCAGGUGUUCGAUAGGGAUGUAUUUUGUCGUCUCUUUCCUCUGAUUAUGCGGUUUGACUAAAUCAAAAUGUAUAGGUUGAACGAUAUGCCUUACUUGACAGCACGGGUGCUAGCCGAAAACCCAAAGACGCGUGUUUCACCGACAUUCUGCUGCUGCAUGACACAGCUGUGAGGGGUUCGGCUCAUCAGUGGAUCCCCGCAGCGUCUCCUGUGUACUUUCUGAUAGAUAUUCCAGUUUUUGAAAUUGCAGGACCCCGGCCCAAAUAGUCCGUAUCAAAUUUCAGUCUGAGUCUAUAAGUCUCAAAUAGAUUGAUUUACUCCAAGUUGUUGAUUGAUUUUUGAGGGAAUUAAAAGCCUGCAUCUACAUCGGAAUGUGUUACUCGGUGUUACCUUUACGCGGGAUGCCGACUACCAGACGUUGACAUGUUAACGACAACAUUACCAGCAUCAAACUACGGUGUACUGCAGACUAUAGUAUCACCCACGACAAAUAAAUUGGCCAAUUUAUCAAUAUAAUUUGGUCAGGUAAAGACGGAUAGCGUGGGUGAGGGAGGGAUUGAAACAGGCAGCGUCGGAGGGAAAUUGCGGAGCAUAGCACGCGGUCAGGUUAAUUCGCUGUCCGCCAUAGUAAAUGCCGGGGCCUGUACGGAGUUCUUCUGUGCGCACAGGAUCGGCCAGCAUAACAUGAUUGCGACCGCUUCUGCUGUUAUCAUCAGACUGACCUAGUAGGUCCUUGUAAGUCACUCGGAAGGCUUAGUUGGGAUCCGCCCUAUGGGCAGGGAUGGCGCGGUUUAGGUUCUCAAUUUAGCCCUUUCUCAGCCAUGCUGGGGAGUGUCCACAUAUAGAAGACAAACAUACGAUCGAUGGAACAAGGAAUUUGUUGGCCCGACGCUUUAGAUUUUCACUCGAACCCGCCAUCAGAGCCAGUCGCAGAUAAGGGUAAUGGUGGCACAAGGAGUGCAGCCUUUAAAGCACGCGGCUGCCGUGGGACCAUAUGCGUACUGUAAGUAACAGCUCUCGCCACCACCGCUGGAGGUCGUAAUCGAUGCGAUGAUGGCCUGUCAGUCCACGCCCGAGUCGUUCAUCGCCGCGAUUUCGUCAUCUGCGUUGGAUGCUAGCGUGACGAUUGCUCAGCCAUUUGAAUCACUGCCACUGGGAUUGUUGCUCUCCCCCGCCCUCCCCACGCGACUGAUCCCCCUGCCCAGGGCAAAUCUAAGCACGGAAUAUGGUACCGGGAGGUCAUUGCGCCUGUUGAUGGAUUUCGGGCCAGAGAACCAUGACUCGAGCAGUUCGCGGCUCACGCAAUUGCCACCCCCUUGCGAGGAUUUCGGCCUCUUGAAACUUCAAAAUAUGACUGGUCCCGUCGAAUGAGCCUCCGCCUGACAGCUACUGUCUCCCCGCCUCACUGCUACCGUGUGCUCGGCCAUCCGCGUCCAAAGUAAUCUCCCAGUUUCUCUCACGUAAUUGCUUUCUCCGCAACUGCGCUAGAUCCUUUUGUCACCAUUACCCUUAUCUGCAGCUGUCCUUGAUGAUGGGUUCGAGUGGGAAACCGAGGCGUUAGGCCAAUAACUUUCUUGUUCCAGCGACCGCAUCUUCGUUUUAUGACCUGGAACUCGCCUGUUCGCUUCUAUCGGCAGUGUUCACGUAUCCUUUUAGAUAUAUGCCGACUCGUGCCAUCGAUACAGCCUGAUCCACAGGAGUAAGAUGUACCUGAGAUGUACCUGAUCCACAGGAGUAGAUGUACCUGACAACAUCCCAUUACUCUCGCCCUGUAGAAAUGGGGUUUGUCCAGAAUAAUAUCCGGACUCUUGCUGCUGGGGAGGUUUGCGAGACAGCUUCGUCAAGACGUCUUCUCAGUUCACCCGCCGUGCUCCUUUAAAAGGGAACUUUGAGAAGUAGCGUUUCCUUUCCCGCUGCCGGCAUGGUGCGUCUCUCGACAACAUUCUAUGCAAUAGAAAGUCCAGGAUGUCCGUUCUCGCGAAACAAGGUUUGAAUCCUCCGAAACUUCUCCACGACGCGAUCUGUCGAGCGAAUUGUUUGCAGACCAUUGGGCCAGAAAGCGGACUGAACUGUUUCCGGUGAAGGUGCACGAAACUGCUUAGAACGACGCCUAAGCAGGGGGAGUGAACCUGCAGCUUUCGCCUCCAAUCGACGUUCUCGCUUAGCUUGCAGCGUCUACCAGAGCAAUCACGUCGGCGUUUGCAGUUGCAAGGAUCUGCGUGUGAGGGCCGUAAUGACUUAGCCUACUAAUUUGGUAGCCUAGUUGAAGUCUCUACCCCCUCCCCUCCCCCCACCCACGAAUGCAUCAGCUCGAAACGGACAAAAGGACGAACCCAUGGCAACUCAGUCUGAUUAUCUUAUACGUCGUUGCUUAAAAAGAACUGCACUUUUAACGUGCAUUUUAGCAGUGGCUCUUUGAGUUUACAGGUAUCCCUUUUUCCUACUGAUCGGUUGGUAGUAAUUCGCGGAGGUAAUCUACUGUCAUGGCGACCGGUGCGCUUGUUAGGAGGGAUGAGGAGUCAGUAAAAAAAACACGAACAUUCCGUUUAGGUCGAGUUCUUUGGCGUUAUCAAGGAACUCGAAAGUACCCCGACAACUAUAUGAUGAUGGCUGAUAUUGUGUGGGCUUGAGGUUCUCUAAUUAUCACUCCGCCGUCGAGUGGUACGGGGUGUUUCGCAUAUCAAAAAUCGGACGCACUGGUAAGCCGUCUGUGUGAAUCUUCGGUAAAGGAUAUGGUCGGGGAAUGUGUAUGCCGCCAAGAUGUCUGAGAUGUUCGAGACCACAGUCUUUUAUAAAACAACCUUGGCGAAGUCGGCUCAAAGAGUUUAACUGCCCCUCCGAACAGUAGAGGACAGCCCCGGACAAAGUUGUUUCAAAACAGGUAGGUCAGACACGACAUGGCUGUCUGGGUCAAUCAUGCCCCUAGUUUUUUUUAGCAAGCUUCUGAAGAUGUCUAACUAGCUUGUCGCUAUAUCUUAAUCGCCUGUAUCGGGAAUCUGCCGAGUCAGUUCCCUACGAUUACUAAUUCUGGGCUGUGGGAUAGAAGACAAGACCCGUUUCUGACAGUCAUUUCAUGAGAACGGUCCUCCUGACAGUUCGACUGUCGUUGCUGACGAUGUCCACCGUGUGCUCCACAACAAGGUGAAGCAGGCACGGUGACUAGCGCAGCAUCUACCGCACUCUCUCCUCUCCCACCUGGACCAGGUGUCAAUAGGUAGUCAAGAAAGUCGGAGAUGGGGUCCUCCUAUAGAAGCACACACGAGCUUAAUCUUUCAUAAGGCAGUUCGUAUUCGCUGCGGCAGCACAUCUCAAAACGACUGCGAUGCGUUGGACACGCUUAUCACUGGCCGUUCAAACAGCACUGUCCCACUGGGUACGACUCGAUGCAGUCCGUCAGGAUGUGGAAAUGUCGUUUUACCUCGAGUGUCCCAUCUUCGUGGAUUAAGACGAGAGUAGAUCCUCGCAGUUCGUUGAACAUAAACAGUCACUAUGCGGUCAUCGCUGAAUUCACUCACAUAUUUUCCUAUUUUAAUGCAUAAUUAAAAGUGUUGGUCACUGUUUUACGUAUUUCGUUACAACUGGCGCUCCAUCUUUCUACCCUCUCAGGCGGUCCUAUAUAUUCUCUUUUUUUUUCAGAAGCGAUAAGCGGCGGCUCCAGUCUAGUGAUGGUGAAUGUAUUUGGAACCAUCAAGUUUGACGGAAAUCCUUCAAAGACCUUCUCCGAGACCUUUUUCCUCAUUCAGGAGUCCAAUCUCUGGCGGGUGCAGUCAGACACCUUCAGAUUCAUUGAAUGA